AUGACAACUCGCUCAGAUAUAUCAAUUUUCUAUGCCUAUUUUUAUGAUUUUGAAGAAGCGCUUGACAUUUGGAGGGAGAAAUUCAACCGCACAACUGGUCACCUUGAGUCUUGGCAAGUCGUUUGCUACACAUUCUCGCUGAUUUUUUUCGUUUCAUGGCUCAGAAAGAUUCUCUCAUCCGAACACUCAAUCGCCGAUCGUUUACUUCGAUCCACUCAUUCAACAGUUCGUUCACUGCCAUGGGUUCGACCAAAAUUCAAACAAAUUAUCGGUCUAGCAAGAGCGCAUUUCGAAGAAGAGAUUCAUAAGGAUGAUUUUCUCCGCGAGUUCUACAAGUUUUUACCAGAAAGAGGCUUAGAUAGCAAGGAUCUUCAAAGAGAGGCCAGAGAAUAUUCAACGAUGGGCCAAUCGAUCACCCCAGCCUCGACGAUGAGCGCUGAAGAGAAUGAGACGCUCAGGAUUACACAAGAGAUUACCGCAAUGUUUUUGAGAAACGGCUCACUGAAAGGCAUUCGCAAAAUGGAGGCCGAGAUCGUGAAAAUGAUAUCCUCAAUGCUGCACGCGGGUCAUGGCUCCACUGGAGUGGUCACAAAUGGAAACACGGAAUCGAUUCUUCUCGUUUUAUAUGGAGCCAGACGGCGAGCUGCAAGCCUGGCAAUCGAGCAUCCAGAGGUUUUACUCCCCGCAUCCGCUCAUCCCGCUUUCACCCAUGUGGCUAACCUGUUGAAGAUAUCGAUAAUCAGAGUCCCUGUUGAUAAAGACGACAAAGUUGAUGUGCUGCGACUGAAGCGGAGAAUCUCCUCAUCGACAGCGCUCAUCGUUGUGUCAGCUCCGAAUCAUUCGACCGGCACAAUGGAUGAUGUUUCACGAGUCGCUAAGAUCUCUUCUCAAUACAAUGUGCCUCUUCAUGUGGAUUCCUCUUUGGGCGGUUUCCUUUUGCCAUUUCUUGAACUCGCUGAUAUCCACUAUCCACAUAUCGAUUUCCGACUCGCCGGUGUCACCUCAAUGGCUCUAGAUAUUGAUGGGCAUGGAAAAUGCCCUCAAAAAGCCUCGGCGUUGAUCUUCCGUGAUGAGGCGUGGAUCAAAUGUCACACUUUCAUCGAUACAAAGAAUCGGAUCGGAAUCUACACAGCUCGUACAUUGCACUCAUUUCGAGAUCCGGCAACGAUUUCUUCUGCUUGGGCGACUCUACUUUCAACGGGUCGAGAUGGCUACGUUGACUCAACAAGUAUGAUCGUUGAAACGUGCAGAAAAUUGAUUGAAUUGCUCAAAGAAAUCAAAGAGAUCGAAAUUCUCGGCUCUCCCGAUCUUUGCCUUGUAUCGUUCACGACGAAUAUCGUCGAUGUGUAUGCGCUUGGGGAGAAGCUUAUUGAUGAGGACUGGAAGCUGGAGAUCGGUGCGAAUUGUCUCCGCUUACCGAUCACUCUCGAGCUCUACGAAAAGAAUCGAAUACAAACUUUUGUCGCUGAUCUUGAGGAUGCAAUCUCGGCCCUUUUAAUCGACACAACCUAUGCCUCGGAGAGCAAAACCGCAGCCUUACAUAGAAUGAUUGAAUCGACAAUGGACCAUUGGCUUGUUGAAGAGAUGCUACGAGCAAAGCUUUUAGCCGAACACUCGACGCCGGCUCCAAUCGAGAGAACACACUUGAGAUCGAUCAGCAUCGACGGAAGAAAAAUGUCGACAAUUAUUGAGAAA